GUUCUAGUGAAUUCUGUGUGCAGGUCUGAAGCAGGAGUACAGAAGUACACUGAACACCAGCACUGCUGCUCCUGAGCGUUUAUACUGAACUGGGAACGGGAACAAUGCAUUAACCCGAGGAAGAGGAACAUGGGAAUGUUUGUAUGGGAAUUUGGGGAUGAAUGCAUGGAACAGAAGAACAGGAGGGGAACACUGGAGGAACAUGGAGCUGAACAGUAAAAUCCAGAAGCUUUCGAGGAGCUGAGAGGCUGCAGAUCAGAACCUCAUCACCAUCUACAACUUCAUACUUCCACAAGAACACUGACCCUGCUGCUGCUGACCCUCGUGCUGCUGACCCUCGUGCUGCUGACCCUCUUCCAUCCAUCGCUUCUGUAACAACUCGGAACCCAUCGACCGUUUCCCCAUGAGGAGCGGCGAGGAGGCGGAAGGGUUGGACGGCGAGGGGUCCCACAUGGCCAUGGUGUCUGGGGCGACCGGUCCGUACCAGCCCACCACAGAACCGGUUUACCCCGGCGCCGUCUUCAGGAACAUCAGCUGCAACACCCGCUACCUCACCUCCCAACCCGGCAUCCUCAAGAUCCUCCAAGUGGUUCUGUCUCUGAUCGGGUUCAUAUGUAUCGAGACGGUGAUGAUGUGUUCCCCCUGUGCUGGAGUUUAUCUGUUCGAGUUCGUAAGCUGCAGCGCCUUCAUCUUCACCGGAGGGUUACUGCUCGUCUUCAGCCUGAACCUCCACACCAAAGUGCACCAGGUCAACUGGAGACUCACGGAUCUGAUCAACGCGGUGUGCAGUACGCUGUUGUUCUUCAUCGCCUCUGUGGUCUUGGCUGCUCUCAAUCACCAGAGCGGAGCCGAAAUCGCCUCUGUGAUUUUCGGCUUCGUGGUGACUGUGGUGUACGGCGUGAACAUGUACAAGUGUAUUAGACAAUGGCGUACGGGUGUCCAGGACCCCCUGCAGACCAGCGAAUACACACGAGCCCGCACCGCUUCACGUGGUGAAGUGGAGACCCGGCCUGAGUAACACACACACACACACACCCACACACACACCCACACACACCCACACACGCACACACACACACACUAGAACAGUCCUGCAGGGCCAGAUAUGAUCUCAAGGGGUGGCACUGUGGCUCUUUGGGUAGCACUGUCGCUUCACAGCAAGAAGGUCCUGGGUUCGAUUCCCGGGUGGUUCGGUCCAGCAAUAGUCCAGCACCUGAACCUCUUUAAUAAUGCUUAUGAAAAGUAUUCAUAGUGCGAUAAUCAGACAUUAUUUAGUGCUAUUAUUUACUAAAGGUGACCAGUUCAGGCUCUGGCGUUUAUUUGGUGUGGGAUUAGCUUCAACAUUUUAAACCUCGUCUCCGGAUUCGUUUUCUCAUUAAGGGAUCAUGUGUGGCCCAGCGGGACUAAAACAAACAAACGAUCAGCAGAAGGACGGUUUAGAAGAGAAGUUGGACCAAACUUUGGUAGCUUUUGUUUUCCUGUAAGUCUUAACCGAGAGACGCUAAAGUUUAAAUUCCAGUCACGUCGUGCUUUUUAUCUUUUUUGUUUUUCUUGUAUAUUUUGUUUUGUUCUGAAUGAUUCCUAGACACACUACGAUACUGAACGCUGAUAUGAAGGUUAAACAUGGACCGAAUGAAAUGAAAUUUAAUCAAGUACCAGUUUUUAACAUUUCUAACAUGUCGUUUAUGGUACUAACUUGGUGUAUUUGUGUUAAAAAUGACAUUAUUUAGAAAUCAUUAAACCUCACCAGCAGCGUGCAUGCAUGAAACAGAAGAGAUAACAAAAUCUGCAUGUCAGGUUUUUCCCCCACAGCUGUAGUUCCUCAAACAUAUCUGUUUAGACACCAAGCCGGCUGAUGGCACAGCUGAGAUUCGAACCUGGCCUAAGCAGCGAGUUAGCGUAAUAGACCACUCGAGCUUCAUAUAAGUUUAUUAAAGGAUGCCAAGAAUUUCUAGGGAACUAGGCCUUACGCUCAGCUCACACCGGACGUUCCUCAGAUGAGCGACGUUAGCACUGCUACAAACGAGUACACAGAACAAGAAUAUAGAAAGUAAAAGUGUCUGCGGCUGCGUCCCGAAUAGCUCUAACAGACCAGUGUGUUCUGUCCAUUUUUUGUGCAUGAAGAUGAAACCAAACCCACGUUGGGAUGCUUUGAUCUGAGACUUUAAUAUCCACGUGCAUUUAGAUCCCCGAUCUCUUCAUUAUUUCCAAUUCAAAAUUUAAAUGUAUUGUUAAAUUAGAAUUCAAUUACCUAAAUGCCGUUUUUCUAUAGAGUUUUUUUGCUAGUAUGGUUUUCGCAACUAGUAUUGCAAGUUAAAGGAAGUGUUACUGCUGCAUGUGAUGCACUUGAAAGGAAAACACUUCAGAAACGCGUCGUGUGAACGAGCCUUCAUUUCACAUCAACAGUGACUUAAACCCUCUGCCUCUUACUUGUUGCACACUUGUACAAUUUUGUAGAGAAAAAGGAGCUUAGCUACAGUUUUAAGAAACGUACUUGUUAAAAAGAAAAGGUUACUUAGACAUGUCAUGCGAUCUUUAAAGCUGAAUUUGUAAUUUUGUCUGUUUAUUUGUUUUUAUUUAAAGGUAACUGCAUUUUUAGUCAUGUGUUAUUUACUGCACACAGCCAGGGCUUGUAGUUAGAUCUGACUCGUGGUGCUGGGGUUUGACUUUGGUGUUAGUCAGUAGCGUUUUCAAUUAUUAGCACUUAUCAUCUGGACAAGCAGCUAGUAUUUAGCUGGUUAUUUAACCUGCAGCUAGUUGCGAUUAUCUGUGCUUGUGAUUGUGUGAUUAUUUAGGUUAUCUGCACUGGGGCAAGUAAAUAGUGCUAGCACUAGUCAGACCCACUGCAAUUAGCUAGGGUCUUAAAACGUUUGUUUCCUCUAUAGGAUGUGUGAGUAGUUUGGGGUAUUCAAUUCACAGCAAUUGUGAAUUAAAGUGUAAACAUAUUGGGUACCAUGUCUAACCGUUACAGCACAUUUUAAUAUUCUGUUUAAAUGCUUCAGUACGUUAAAAUCCGGUAAAUGAAACAAACUAUUUCUGUUUAUUUGCAGAAAUUAUCCUAAGUAGGAGUGUCCAAACUUUUUUAGCUUAAUAUUUAGGCCACUCAAGCACCUUAUUCUCUGUGAUGCUCUGUGGUAAACUCGAAAGAAAAUACAGUGAUGCAAACAAAUUCCUAAUACGAACCUGUUAAAUAAUCAUUUUGUAUGUAUUAAAAUGUUGUUUUGUUAAAUCUGGACCAAACACACUUACGGUUAGACUUAAACUCUCACACUGUACACUGUUUAAAACGUUCUCUCGGUACCGAUGUGUUUGGUGUGAUUACGUUGUUAUUUCGUUUUUAUUCACGACACUAUUGUUUAUCACUCCAAUCUUCCAGCUGCGUGUGUGUAAUUAUUAUUAUUUAAGAAAGGUGACGAUGUUCUGACUACAGUGUGAAAAAUGAAAUAUCAUCAGCUUCAGAUUUUAUCAGGACGUUGUGAUGUUUCAGUUCUUUUUGUUUGUUUUCUGUAGUGUGCACAGCACAGCAUUGUUCAGUGGUCAGAUUUUACUCCAGUAAACUGUUACUUUUAAUGUAGUUACGUUACAUUUUUAAGCUUCAAAAUCAGAUUUAGAAACACCAGCAAAGUAAAUGUCAGUUUGACUCUUUUAUUUCAGACAGAGCCAGAUCGUUAUUGGUUCAUGUUGACAAGUUUUGAUCAGAUUUUAAAAUGAAGUCAUUUUAAAUCAAUUUACUAUUGUCCUAUUUUAACAUUUUAACAGAUUUUUAAAACAAAUAAACACAACCGAUAUUUUAAUACACUAAAGUGUUUUAAGAGACAAUAGAUUUUUUUUGUUUUAAUGAAGGAAUGUGUUUCUGAGCUCUAUUGUAGCUGUAUUAUCUGUGCUGUUUUACUUAUCUUAUAUUUA